AUGUCAUUUAACCUUCGCCCAGCCGGUGAUUUCGGGUCUCUUCCUGAGAUAAAGACCAAGGAAAGGAAAUCUCGUUCUAUAUUGCCUACGCUGCAAAUGAGAUGGCCCAUGCGUGCAUCUCGUUCGAUAGAGAGCUUUCCUACAUCGGCGAAACCGAAAGACGUCAUUUCGAAGCGCAAGACUAAAUCAACCAGCCUUCUGAAACCCAAGUCCAUUGACAUGUUAGUCAUGGAUACGCGAGUCAAUUCUCAACGGGUUAACAGACCAGAGGCUGGUGGGCUGCAACAGCCCACUCAUUCGCUUGUAUAUACCUCGUUGGAGUGGACUCAGAAACAGCAUUCUCCUGAAUUCCCAGAUGCGCAUGCUUUGGAGUGUGUAUGGCUCCCUGAUGAGAUAUCAACACGAAUGCCUGUCCCUGACAUAAAGACAAAGCCAUUGAACUCUAUGUCUGGUAGGCCAAACUCCGUAAAUAUCCCUCAAGCACAGAAUUCGUCAUCGAUACUGGCACAUCAAAGGCACACUUCAGAUCCCAGUCGAACCCACUACCCUGCUGUUAACCAGCCACCCAACCAUCCUGGACGGGAUCGGUCAGCCUCGAAGGUCUCCGAUAUUGACACCCAACAUGGCUUUCAUGGACCAUUUACCAGUGGGACCGUAUCACCAAUUAUCAGCUCCUCUCAGCGGCAGAUUACCCCAGCCUUCUCUGAAGAUAUGAGUUUUGCCGCCGGUUUUCCCAUUGUUUCAACUUUGUCAAUAGACAUGCCCCAGCCUCAGCGUUUUUUUGUGCCUCCCUCCUUUGAAAAUAUCCUUAAGAACAAAGCGGCCCUGUCCGUGGCCCGAACUCGGAAAACUGAUAAUUCAUCCACCUCUUCUGAUUUCGAUGGAAGUGCCUCACCUCCCAAUAGUCCGUCUUCCUCUAGAUCAAGCGUAUGCUCAAUUGAUGUCCCUCACAAAUCCGACGCAGUAGACACAUCAGAGGCUUCUAGAGGCAGCAGGGCUUAUUCGCUAAUAUCUCCCGUUGCUGCUGGAGUGUUUGACGACGAACCAAAUCUGAAGCGCAAUCCAACGUUCAAGAAAAAGUUUAGCAACAGGCAUUCGAGAGAUAAGCCACUCCCUCCUGACCCAACGAUAAACAUCCCGCCACUUUCGAUCCGCCGCACCUCACGAGCGUCCAUGGGGCUCUCUCCUCACGCUGGUCGGUUAAUCCAACCGACUAGCAAACCGCAGUCCCUGCCUUUAGCUCCACGGCCAUCCGAUCUCGAUAUUUUAGACGAAGCAUUCCGCCGUUCAGGCCUUCAUCAUGGGCCACAUACUCCACGCAACGUAUUCACAAAAUCGAUUUCUAGCCGAGCUUCGAAGUCCAGUACGAAAUCCAGUUCCCCAUCCCUGCGCACGGCUACACUUGACUUGGAGGAACAGCUUUCUGUUUUAACUGGGUCUAAAUAUGAGAGCUCUAUCUGGUUGAAAUUGGGACGGAAACGCACCUCAAUUUCUGGGAAUCCCAUAGCUAGCUCAUCAAGAGCACUGAAACAGCACCCGUCCUGGAAAAGGUCGCCUUCGCAUUCCAUUUUGUCUCCUCAUGCCUCUUCGCUGGACACGAAGAUACACGCUUCAUUCACAUUGUCGUCGAAGAAGAGUUGGACAGGUAAAGAGAAGAUUAAGGUGGUGCCGUUUGGCACUGCGGUGAUUGAAAAGAGUCAUAAGUCGCAAUUGCGGGCUCCGCAACCGCCUCCAUCGAACCCACAGAAUAUCGCAAAUGGCAAUAGUGGCAAUAUCGAAGAUGAUACCAGCAACAACAGCAAAGAUGAUGCGAAGUCCAUUGAAAGAAUGAGUCGUCCCAAGGCGCGGACAGGUAGUGUCGAGCGCAGUCUCAGGCUUCGUCUACCCCGUCUGCGUACACAGUUGGGUGCCAAGCCGAUUUCUGGGCCUGUGAAUCUCAGCAUUGUGAUGGAGUCGCCGACUGACCAAAAACACCACCACACCAACAACCAAAGUCCAAGGGAACGAAUCAUGGCAGCGCUCGACAGGAUUGAUCCGCGGCUGUCGCAACCAGAGCCUUCGCGCCAUCGAUGUUCUAGUAAUGGCGAUAACGUAGUGAUAAACCCUUCGUCUACUCUCGCCCUGCACGACAGAUAUAGAGCCAGCCAACAUGCGGGGUCCAAGGACAUUCUCUGCCAAGAAAUUCCCAGUGAGGCAGCAAAAUCCAUAAUAUACCAGAUCAUGCAAAAAAUCGACAACCUCGAGGACUUGUUCAACCUUUCGGUUAUUAACAAGACCUUCUACAGAGUCUUCAGAGAACAUUCAUUGACUCUUAUCAAAGAUACUUUGUUCCGCAUGUCUCCGGCGGCAUGGGAGUUGCGUGAGAUAUGCCCUCCCUGGGAGAUAGAGGGCGACGAAACAGGAGAUAUGGACAUGCCUGUUCCUGAGUACACACCCAACUUGUACAUUUAUUAUUAUACGCGAGAUCUAUACACUAUGGUCGCUUUGAAAUCUCUCGUCCUUGUCCGCUGCGAGAAUUUCCUUCGACCCGAUACAACUAGAGCGCUGGCAGGAUUAGAUGAAGUUCGUUGCGUUGAGAUCGAUGAAGCGUUCUGGAGAGUGUGGACGUUCUGCAAACUAUUUGGCUGUGGAAAGAGUAGGGAAGAUGAUAUCGUUGCCCAAGUUGACUGGCUCAAUGGCGGUCCAUUAGCUGCUGCGGAAAGCUGCGGCACCACUAUGGUCGUCCAAUAUCCUCUGGGAGUACACAGUGUUUUGUUCAAUGCUCCUCCUGGCUUUAGCAAAGGAAAUCAUGGAGGAUUGUCAUCAACAGAGCUCUACGAUAUGAUGGAGAUCUGGACAUGUCUUGGUGUUCUCUUGCAAGUGUUCCAUGGUAAAUGUAAGGAAGCUCGCGAUUUUGGAAUCUUUGAUGGCUUGGAUGUGGAGUCUGGUGAUGUUGAUAGAGAGGAGUCUCUGCUAGAAAGCUGGACUCAGUAUAUUCUCACACUUGGGCCUUCCGCUAUCCUUGCUCUCACUAGCAUCAACCCAGAUGCCCCUAUUGAAACACUAUUUGCAAGAGCACAAUCUAAUGGGUGGACAAAAUGGACAGCCCCAGACACAACCCAGGGUGGCCCUCCAAGGUCGUUCUUCAAGGAAGCCAUUUCCCAAGUUUAUGAGUCAAGAAUAGCAACCAUACAAACCCCCAUCUCGUUUGGAACGCCCAAAUCCAACUCACCAGCGCCAUAUUCCCCUAACCCCAAGUUAAGACAUGGACGCCACACUCGCAAUGUCUCAUCAUCUUCCUCAUCUUCAAUGUCAUCACAACACACCAACCUCAAUCGUCGACGACAAGCUGGCUUCGCUGCUGAGCUGCGCCGGAAGCGCAACGCAUCGCAAAGUUCUGAUUUGUCAAUUGGUGAAAAUGUUGUACCUCCAGCGACAAAUUUCAAGGAAGAGAGGCCAAUCUCCAACUUCUCAGCCGUUAUUGAGAGACUGGACGGUCGUAAUGAUCCCGCCGAUAGAAGAAACGCUCGCCAAGUUCCCAUCAUUCAAACACUCUUCCCUCUUUCAGUCGAUACAAACCAGGUCAUGCCACCCCAAUCAUCGUCAUCGAUUUCGCAUGUCCACCCUCACCAACAACCCAAACACCCCCCAAAAUCGCAGCAAGUCUGCAACAACUACGAGUCCGUUCAGGAGAAUAUAUCCCGCGGCCGCUAUGCCGCGCACACGCCUCUAAUCGUCGACCCUGCUGACGUGGCCAUGUACAAGAUGGUCAAGGAGCUGGGCUUCAGUGAAGCGGAUGCCAAAUGGGCGCUGAAGUGCACAGACACGGGCGAGUCACUGGACGUUAUUGCUGCCGUUAACUUGCUGUUGCAGAGCGGUGGUCGUGUUGAUCCCUCUGCAGUGUCGUCGACCACAGUGCCAGAUGCGGCCCAUAUUGAUAGCAGAUCUACCAUGAGCGGCGGCUUCGGAGGCGCUACUGCGAGUGGACCGUGUGGGCGGAAUAACAUGGAGGUUGGACUGGAAACUUAUAACACUGGUGGUGUGUGGCGGCCAGUGUGGAGGUGGGCGUGA